CUGAACCGGAUUUCAUACCCGGAGGAGGGAGGGAUGCCACGGUGAUUUCCCUUUUUAUUCUCCUGACAACCACCUCUAUCACCACCACUCCUUUCCAUCACUUCAGUAUUGGAACCUUAUCAAGAAGACUGUCUGUCAUCAUUUUAAUUUCAUCUUGCUUGAUUGGUAAGGGGAUUUUUCUGCCUCUGCGCUCCAGCGGAUAGAAAAAAGGACAUUUUGGGUUUGUUUUUUUCUCCUCCAAGCGCACACUCCUAACAGAACAAACUGGGGUUCCCAUCAGUGGAUGUGUUGGACAUCUGAUAGAAGAAGCAGUACUUGUUGAGAGAUCGGCUUGUAUGUAUUGGGGGGGAUUUCCUUGGAGAGACGGACGGCUGCGCACGGACUCUCUCACUUCCAAAGAUCUGUGUCGCCGUGCAGAGAAAACCCUCAACGUAAUGAGCUAAAGGCUCUGUGAUCAGAAGAGAGAAGGAGAUUACCAAUCGUACGAAGAAGAACAACAACAACAAUAACAAGGAAAAGAAAGUCCAUAUCGUGGAAGCGGGUGAUGAGUAUCCUCACCAACAGGCUCCUUCUCAGCUAAUGAACUAGGAAGACCAUCAUUUUGUCAGCAGACACAAGAUAUCACCUCGGUGGGAGCGGCGCUCCACUGAGAGGAAGCAGGAAGUGAAGUGAACGUUGAGAUGCUGGCGAUGAAGCGGACGGGCCUCGGCUCGCUGAGGGUCUUCCUGCUGUUGGUGGGAAUCUCAGCGCUGUGUAGCGUGGCGUUAGGAACCAGGAGAGGAAACACUGCCCUGGACCACAGGGGCCACAGACACAGACAUUCAGGUCACUCGUCACUGCACACACACAGACAGAGGACAGGGAAGGAGGGGCAGGUUCUGCACCGGUCCAAACGAGGAUGGGUCUGGAACCAGUUCUUCGUCAUUGAGGAAUACACUGGGCCUGACCCGGUGCUGGUGGGCAGACUCCACUCAGACGUAGACUCCGGCGUUGGCAGAAUAAAGUACAUCCUGUCGGGCGAAGGUGCGGGAACGAUCUUUGUUAUCGACGACAAGACGGGAAACAUCCACGCCACGAAGACGUUGGACCGCGAGGAGCAGGCUCAGUACACGCUCACAGCGCAGGCGGUGAACCGAGACACCAACAAACCUCUGGAGCCGCCCUCAGAGUUCAUCGUGAAGGUCCAGGACAUCAACGAUAACCCUCCAGAGUUUCUACACGGGCCGUACUAUGCCAGGGUGCCUGAGAUGUCCAAUGUUGGUACGUCCGUGAUGCAGGUGACGGCGACAGAUGCAGACGACCCCACCUACGGGAACAGUGCCAGGCUGGUUUACAGCAUUCUGCAAGGACAGCCGUACUUCUCUGUGGAGCCGCAGACAGGUAUAAUUCGCACUGCGCUGCCCAACAUGGACCGUGAGGCGCGUCAGGAGUACGAUGUGCUGAUCCAGGCCAAAGACAUGGGGGGUCACAUGGGGGGGCUGUCCGGCACCACGGAGGUCAAAAUCACCCUGACAGACGUCAACGACAACCCUCCAAAGUUCCCACAGAGUGUUUAUUCCAUGUCGGUGUCAGAGGACAAAGUGCCGGGGGAGGAGGUGGGCCGCCUGAAGGCCAAAGACCCUGACAUGGGGGACAACGGGAUGGUGAACUACAAACUGAUAGACGGAGACGGGAUGAACAUGUUCGAGAUGAGCACCGACUCUGAGACCAGAGAGGCUGUGAUCAAACUGAAGAAGCCCGUGGACUUUGAGACGAAGAGGUCUUACACUUUGAAGGUGGAGGGAUCCAACCCUCACAUCGACCCUCAGUACGUCUCAUGGGGGCCGUAUAAGGACGAAGCCACAAUAAAGAUCUCAGUGGAGGAUGCAGAUGAGCCUCCUGCGUUCGUAGCUCCCAGUUACACUUUUGAGGUAGAAGAAAACGCGCCUGAAGGCACCUCGGUGGGACGAGUCCACGCAAAAGACACUGAUGUUGCCAACAAUCCCGUCAGGUACAUGAUCCCUCUGUACACAGAUAUAGAGCAGUUCUUCAGCAUAAACCCAGAAGACGGCAUGAUCACCACGAAAAGACCCCUGGACAGAGAGGCACAGGCCUGGCAUAACAUCUCUGCAUCUGCCACAGAGAUAGGAGGACAUCACCAAGACACCAAAGUGCGUGUGAACAUCAAAGUGAAAGAUGUAAAUGACAACGCCCCAGAGUUCGCCACCAACAACGAAGUCCACAUGUGUGAAACUGUUGUGCCGGGAAAGGUUAUUGAAACAGUGAGCGCCGUGGACAAAGACUUGAUGGCUCACAGACAACACUUCACCUUCAGGCUCGCUCCGGAAGUCGCCCACAACCACAACUUCUCCGUCAAAGACAACAGAGACAGCACAGCCAGCAUCUAUGUUCUCCGUAAAGGAUUCAGCCGCGGGACCCAGGAUGUGUACUACCUUCCCAUCGAGAUAAACGACAACGGCCUGCCCUCCAUGAGAAGCACCAACACCCUGACCAUCAGAGUGUGCUCCUGUGACUCCAGAGGCACCAUCCUGUCCUGCAACGUGGAGCCGUAUGUCCUCGCAGCGGGGCUGAGCACCGGUGCGCUGAUCGCUAUCCUGGCCUGCAUCGUCAUUCUGCUGGCAAUCGUUGUGUUGUUUGUUGCGUUGAGGCGUCAGAAGAAGGAGCCAUUGAUAGUGUUUGAGGAGGAGGACAUCAGGGAGAAUAUCAUCACGUACGAUGAUGAAGGAGGCGGUGAGGAAGACACGGAGGCUUUCGACAUCGCUACACUGCAGGUAUCUCAAAAAAACCCAGACGGUGCCAACGGUUUCCUGCCAAGAAAGGACAUCAAACCGGAGCUCCAGUUCCCCCUGAGGCCCGGCGGCGGCCAUACUGGACACAGCGUGGACGUUGACGACUUCAUCAAAACGAGGAUUGCGGAGGCCGACAGCGACGCGACGGCACCGCCCUACGACUCCAUUCAGAUCUACGGAUACGAGGGCAGAGGAUCUUUGGCGGGGUCGUUGAGUUCCCUCGAGUCCGUCACGACCGAAUCUGACUUGGAUUAUGACUACUUGCAGAGUUGGGGGCCGAGAUUUAAGAAGCUGGCGGAUUUGUACGGGACCAAAGACUGCUUCAUGGACGAUGAGGAUGAAGAAGACUCUUAACAGUGGUCUUACUGAGUGGACGCCCCCUUCUGAUUUAUUGAUUCCAUGAGGAUUUGUUAACUGAGGGUUAACACUCCCCAGUACCCACUUGUUACCAACCUGAUCAGUACAUGCCAAUGUGUCAACGGACGUUCCUUUCCAUGGUCCUCCAAGACGAUUUGUUAAUGAACACGUGAAGAACGCUUGGACUACGCUACCACUUUUUCCCCAAAUGUCUCCAGUAUGUCUCUUUCCCCUUUCUCUUUCUACAGACUCGAGCAUUGCAGGGCUGGGAGAUUUGUUAUGUCACCAGUUUGUCCGUUGGAAAGUAAAUGUUGGGGAAAAAAUGUUGCUGUGUGAUCAAAAUGAGCUGCUUUUAGCUAACUGUUUAGUUUCUUAGAGGUUCUACACUUUUCUGGACUGGAUUGACGUAGGUCCUCGAUGGAUCCCCAGAGAGAUUUUACCUUGACAAGUUUCUGAAUGGGGUGUAUAUCGAGGAAGAAAAGCUAAUUAAAAUAAAAAGUUAGCAUGGGAUCCAGCAGCUGCCUGAUGUUAUGGAAGAGAAGUGUUUAUGUGUCGGUGGGGGUGAAACAAAAUGCUUUUCCAAUGUGUUGUUGUGUGUGCAGAUUCAGCAGGUACUGUGGUUUAGAUAGCGUGACAGACUCUGGGUUGUUGAUACUCUGAAGGCGCUCGCAGCAUCUUCACAGUAUGGUGGCCUUAUAAUAAAUAAACAACAACUCCAGGGGUAAACAGAACAAGAGUAACAAUAGAGACCGCGAGCUUCAGUAGCGGCACGCAGACAAAUGAACUCACGAGGACUGUCUGAGUGUCUGUGAAAAUGCUACCAACUCUUUUUUUUAUACUCCCAAAAAGACUCAACAUGGAUUUGAUUUGUGGAUGACUCCAUGUUUUUCAUUCUUCACUGCAGAGAAGAUGUGAAAAGAAAAAGCUGCCC